CUGCUAUACUGAUAUAAGGACACACACAAGGUUUCAUGAGGACUGUGAACUGGGAUUAAACAGAGGAUGUUGCUGGAUAUAAAACAUAUAUUUUGGUUAAUCUGCAUAUACUACACAGUGACUGGACCUGUCUCUAGCACGGUAUUAAUGAUGCGUCCUGUCAGUGGCUUGUUGUCUGGCAAGGUGACCCUUCCAUGUCACUUCUCCAUCAUCCCCACUGUUGCACCAAUCAACAACACAGCCCCAGCAACAUAUUACUUGCGCAUCAAAUGGACCAAAAUUGAGAGGGAUAUGGAGUCGACUGUUCUUGUUGCCCAAAACGGUGUCAUUAAGAUUGGUUCGGGUUACAGAAGUCGUGUAUCUGUGCCUAGUCACCCGGAAGACAUUGGGGAUGCUUCUCUGACUGUGGUGAAGCUAAGGGCAAGUGAUGCUGGAACUUACCGCUGUGAAGUCAUGUAUGGGAUUGAAGACACACAAGACACAGUCAGUUUGGAUGUUGAUGGCGUGGUGUUUCACUACAGGUCCAGGGUCAGCAGAUACACCCUGAACUAUGCUGAAGCUGUUCAAACCUGCAGCGAUGUUGGAGCCACAAUUGCUACAGCAGAACAGCUGAGAGCAGCUUAUGCGGAUGGUUUUGACCAGUGUGAUGCUGGCUGGCUAGCAGAUCAAACAGUGAGAUAUCCAAUCACUAGACCAAGGCCUGGUUGCUUUGGAAAUCUGCCUGGAAAGCCUGGUAUCAGGUCAUAUGGCAAACGCUAUCCCACAGAGACUUUCGAUGUCUACUGCUAUGUGGACAAGCUUGAUGGUAAUGUUUACUUUGCCCCCACAAUGCGUAAGAUGACCUUUGAUGAGGCCAAAGCUGAGUGUGAAAGCAGGAAUGCAGUGUUGGCAUCACCCGGUCAACUCCACACUGCCUGGAGAAUGGGCCUGGACCAAUGCGAUUAUGGAUGGCUUUCUGAUGGCAGUGCACGCCACCCUGUCUCAAUACCUAGGAUUCAGUGUGGUGGUGGUCUGCUGGGUGUCCGCACCAUGUAUCGCUACCGAAACCAAACAGGCUUCCCGGAUUCCAAUACGAAGCUAGGAGCAUACUGUUUCAAAGGUGUUCACACCUGUUCUGACAAUGUUUGCUUGAAUAGAGGUUCUUGUGUAAAUGUGGGUGGUGCUCAUAUCUGCAGCUGUCCAUCUGGAUACAGUGGUGAACGUUGUGAAAUAGACAUUGAUGAAUGUCACUCAAACCCAUGUCAUAAUGGAGGAACAUGUAUUGAUGGCCUGAACUCUUUCACCUGUUUAUGUCUACCAAGUUAUGCAGGACAACUGUGUGAGCAAGACACUGAAACAUGCAACUACGGCUGGCACAAGUUCCAGGGCCACUGCUACAAACACUUUCCUCAUCGACGUAACUGGGACACAGCCGAACGUGAGUGUCGUCUACAGGGGGCACACCUUGCUAGUAUCCUGUCCCACGAAGAGCAGCAAUACAUCAAUCGCCUUGGCCAUGACUACCAGUGGAUUGGUCUGAAUGAUAAGAUGUUUGAGAAUGACUUCCGGUGGACUGAUGGUAGUGUUGUGCAAUAUGAGAACUGGAGACCGAGCCAGCCGGACAGUUUCUUCUCCUCGGGGGAAGACUGUGUGGUAAUGAUCUGGCAUGAGGACGGUCAGUGGAAUGACGUACCCUGCAACUACCACCUCACCUUCACCUGCAAGAAAGGCACAGUGUCCUGCAGCCAGCCUCCUCUUGUCCAUAAUGCACGCACAUUUGGGUUGCGUCCACGCUAUGAGAUCAACUCCCUGAUCAGGUACCAGUGCAUGGACGGCUUCAUCCAAAGACAUGUUCCCACCAUUCGCUGCAGAGGAGAUGGCUCAUGGGAUCUGCCCAGGAUUUCCUGCAUGAGUCCCUCUAACUUCCAAAGGACAUAUACAAAAAGAUAUCAGACAUACAGUGUUUUUCGCAGCAAUCGGAGAAGGUCUGCAAAAAAGCCUGUUGACACACCCAGACGACACCAUCGCCAAGGUGUAAAAGACAAUAGGACAAAACAACAGUUGCUAUGGUAACACAGCCCUAAUGCAAGGGUCCUCCUAAUGUAUUUUUGAUAGCAUGAGAUGGACCUGCCUGUUUUAUCAAAAGAUUAUCAAAAGGACAAAGGAAAAUUGUCAACAUAGAGUGGAAUAUCACUGGAACCAAAGAGUGCCUUUUUUCAGUAUUUUUACGAGUAUUUUAAAGAGAUGGUUUUUAUCUUAACUACAUAAAGGACACAUUCAGCUGGCCUCUGAAAAAGCAAAAAGACUAUCUGACAUACCCUCCACUUCUUUCUGCUUACUUGGGAAUACAAAGUGCCUUCAUUAACAGUAACCCAAUAUUCAGAUACAAAUGCAACUGAGCUUUAUUGGUGCAAUUAGUACUUGCAUAUUGUACAAUCUGCGCAUCAAGUCUGGUUCAUGGCCGUCAACAUUUUUGAUUCACACUUUGCCGUAUGAUUGCUUUUACAGCAGGUCCACACACAAAUGUUCUAAGAGUAAGAGAGGGAGCAAUGAAUCAUAUGGAGUCAGCACAGUGGUUUUUGUGCUGGAAAAAUGGCAAUAAUAUUUAAAAUAAAAACAAAUAAAAUAUAAAAUCUGUAUCCAAUGCAGUGGAUUGUUUUAAUAUUCUAACGUUAACACAAUAUGUCUCAUUAUACCUUGACUUAAAAAAAAAAACACACACAUUUAGAUGGGUUACAAAUUAAAAGCCAUGUAGACUUUAGAUUAUUUAUAUGCCUCUGUUUGAUGUCUCUUUUCAGUGUUUACAAUGAGUAUACUGUUUCACUUACUUUUAACUACACCAUUUUUUUUAUUAUUAUUUUUUACAUAAAAGAAAGAAACUACAACCCAUUUCAGACCAUUAUGUUAUUCUUUGACAAUUUAAAACUACUUUAAAGAGAAUGUACUUGAGAAUGUACUUUAAGAGAAUGCCUUUUUUAACCAGAUGCCUGUAAUUUAUUCCUCGAGCUGCUCUUUUUCUUCUUGUUGUUUGAUUAAAAUGCAGCAUGCUGAAGAUAAACUGCACACUGUCAGAAUUCAAUAUAUUACUAAAGACAAUUUAUUUCAAUAGCUGUCCUUGAUGUGACUGACAUAAGAAAUAUGCAACUAGCAGGUUAGAAAUAUGGAUUUCAUUAAGACAUUUAGGGUGUAUAUAUGGACCAAAAGUAGAGGAUUCACAUUAACAGCUUUAACUUGCAGCAAUUUGUUGUUUCAUGAAAUGUUAAUCACGCUCAGCCAUUUGUUUAGUCCCAAGCAUUUGUUUUUUUAAAAUGUUUUCUCUUGUGUGUGGUCUUGUGUCAGUUUUUUUUUUUUUUUUUUUUUUUUUUUUAAGUGCACAUAUCUUUUUAUAUUUAUAGGAUAACUUGUGUAUUGUAAAAUGUGAUUGUCUGGAAUGUUUGUCAAAAGGAAAAAGAAUGUAAGGAAUAUUUUUUAUGCUUUUCAUGUGUCACCAUAGAUGCAAACAAAGUUUAUUAUAUUUUACUUGCAUUCUUGGUUAUUUUUAUCUUCUGAUUUAGAGUAACUUUAUGGUUUCUGUGGGAGGAAAAAAAGUCUUAUAAAUGCACCAAAAACAGAUACUGUGAUGCAUGUUUAGCAUUGUUUAUAUAACAUCAUUGGAACUUUUUUCAUUGACAUAAAAAUCUAAUUUAAUAACUAUAAAAUACACCGUCACAUUAAUAAAUUACACUGUAAGUACAUAAUUGCACUUGUACCAUUCCAAUGAUUUUUAGUGGAAGUAAUUUAAGCAGUUCAUCAGCAGCAAUGCCUACUGUGAACCACCAGAUGGUCAUGUUUCACUAACAAAAGUACACUUAACGAUUCUGCCAGAUCCCAUUAUGUUUUGUGAAGCUGUAUUAGCAGUUCCAAAGGAUUUCACUCAAACAUGAAUGAUACCAUUGUUAACAGUGAUAAAUAAAUAAG